UCACAUUCAAACCCGAUUCAUUAUAUUCUUUACCAUUCUCCUUGAGAAAAUGUCUGGUCGUGGAAAGGGUGGAAAAGGACUUGGAAAGGGCGGAGCAAAACGUCACCGGAAAGUACUCCGUGACAACAUUCAGGGAAUUACAAAGCCGGCGAUUCGGAGGUUGGCUAGAAGAGGCGGAGUGAAGAGAAUCAGCGGAUUGAUUUACGAAGAGACUCGAGGUGUUCUCAAGAUCUUUUUGGAGAAUGUGAUUCGUGAUGCGGUGACUUACACGGAGCAUGCUCGCCGGAAAACGGUGACUGCCAUGGAUGUUGUAUACGCUCUCAAGAGACAAGGCCGAACUUUGUAUGGAUUUGGAGGCUAAAUUUGUUUCUCCAUUCCAGUACCAGUGUUUAUUUUGUUUACGAACUAUUGAAUCUUAACAAAAUGCCGUUUUGUCUUUUUGGAA